AUGAGUGCUUUUGUUUAUUAUUCUGUUUUCCUCCCCAGGCAGCUUCACAAAACCACCAACUUCCUGCUUCUGUCUCUGGCCAUAUCAGACUUCUUGGUGGGCCUUGUUGUUUUUCCAGGUGAAGGUAGCAGACGAACCACUUGCUGGUUUCUUGGUGAUGUUAUGUGUUUACUGUACAUACAUAUUAUCAGUAUGAUUACCUGUGUCUCUGUUAUAAAUAUCAUACUGAUAUCUGCUGACCGCUAUGUAGCUAUAUGUUACCCUCUGCAUUAUCACAGGAGAAUCACUGUGGCAAGAAUACGACUGUGCAUCAGUCUGUGCUGGAUUUAUUCAGCUUGCUACAGCAUUACAUUUGUGAAGGAUGGCUUCAGUGGAAAAAAGGCUUCUUGUCAUGGAGAGUGUUUGUUUUUAAUUGACUUCAGUGCCGCAGUUUUAGAUCUUAUUGUAGCUUUUAUCACUCCAGUUACGGCCAUCAUAGUUCUCUACAGCAGAGUGUUUGUAGUGGCCGUUUUUCAGGCUCGAGCCAUCCGCUCCACUGUUACAGCUGUGUCCCUGCAGCGUUCAGCAACAGUAGGAAAAUCUGAGCUGAAAGCAGCCAGGACUCUUGGUAUUUUAGUCAUUGUGUUUCUGAUAUGUUUCUGUCCAUUUUACUGUGCUGCUCUAGGAGGUGAUUUCUCGUUUAACACGUCUGCUGCUGCGCUGUGUCUUUUCUGCAUUAACUCUUGUCUUAAUCCUUUAAUCUAUGCCAUAUUUUAUCCCUGGUUUAGAAAAGCAAUUAAACACAUUGUGACACUGAAGAUAUUCCAGCCUGGCUCCAGUAAGGCCAAUAUACUGUAGAAAAAUAUUCAACUGUGUAAGUAAA